CUUCCUAUUUUCUGAAUGCUAAAUCGCAAAUUACGUGAAUACAAUUUCUUUCAGAGGAAAAGGGAAAUUGAAGUCAUACGAUUUAGGGGGCGAGACAAAAGUAUUCCAACAAAGAAAGUUCCAGUGAUUAUCAACUUUAAUUUAGCCUGUCAAACCUCUCAUGAGGAUUUAGUUAGAGGAAUCACCGACGACUUUGAUUCUAUUCUUAUCAGAAACUCUAAAGACAUACAGGAAAUCCAUGCUAAGGUUUUUAUGGUUUUUGUUGACUUUAACGAACGUAAUAUAAUUCUGGAAGGGGACAGGGAACCACAGCAAAUCAAAAAGGAGACGGUCGAUUAUAUUAUGAAAAUGGGAGGAACCGCUGUGGUGAUAUACCACUUACAUCCCGACUCUCAGAUACUAGAGGACGGUCGUCUGAACUCCAGUAAACUUACUUCCAUAGAAUUCCAUCCCACACUGAAGGAGUUAUCAUCUAGAGAUUGUGUUCUGAGUAUUGAUGAACAAUUCUCCGAAUAUCAAAGAGCACACAUAAGACGUAUUUGUAAUAGAUAGCUAGUUUAUUCUGAAAAAUACACAGAGGUACUGAAUUUUGACUUUACAUUAAUAUCCAUUGACAAAUGUUAUUUUAAUUAGUAUUACCCUUUGUUUUAUUCACUUUUGUAGUGUAGGCAGUUCAUAGCGUUUACUAUAAACUCAUACUUGUAGUUUUACACGUGACUGUCUUUUAAGAGUAAAAAAUAUACAGUAGUGACAUUUUUAUUUGGUUAUAUUUAUCGAUUAUUUUCUGUAGUCAACAUUGAAAAUCAAAAUGCAUUUAUUGUACUGAAACUGAAACUUAAUGUCAAACUGAAUGGUGCUAGAUAUAUGCAUUGUUUACCA